CUCCUUCUGGACCCACGAGCGCCGCCGGGGGGUGAAAGUUCACGAAUCACGAUGAUGGCUCGGGCAGAUCGGGUGACACGGUGGUGGUGUUGGGAGGGGGGGCGGUUGGCGUUUGUCGCCUCCGCCGGCGUCCAAGUUCUGCGAACGCGGAUGAUGAGCACGAGCGAAGCGCGCUCCCGCUACGGCGGCGACGGGGACGGGGAUGGCGAGGACGAGCAGAUGGAUGAAUACUACGAGGGCGAGGACGAGGACGACGAGCUGGACACGUUCGCCGACGGGGACCUGGACUACAGCUGUGAGGAAGGAGGUCUGAGUGACCCAUUCAGCAGCGAGGUGAAGCCACGCAUCCUGCUGAUGGGUCUCCGUCGCAGUGGAAAGUCCUCCAUCCAGAAAGUAGUCUUCCACAAGAUGUCUCCCAAUGAGACCCUUUUCCUGGAGAGCACCAACAAGAUCUGUCGAGAGGACGUCUCCAACAGCUCCUUCGUCAGCUUCCAGAUCUGGGACUUUCCUGGCCAGAUUGAUUUCUUUGACCCAACUUUUGACUAUGAGAUGAUCUUCCGUGGCACUGGGGCGCUUAUAUUUGUCAUCGACUCUCAGGACGACUAUGUAGAAGCUCUCAGCAGACUGCACCUCACUGUGACCAGGGCCUACAAAGUGAACCCCAACAUCAAUUUUGAGGUGUUCAUCCACAAGGUGGACGGGCUCUCGGACGACCACAAGAUCGAGAAGCAGAGGGACAUUCAUAAGCGGGCCAACGAUGACCUGGUUGAUGCAGCUUUGGAGAGGAUACAUUUAAGCUUCUAUCUUACCAGCAUCUACGACCACUCCAUCUUUGAGGCCUUCAGCAAGGUGGUGCAGAAGCUCAUUCCUCAGCUUCCUACACUUGAGAAUCUCCUCAACAUCUUCAUAUCUAAUUCAGGUAUCGAGAAGGCCUUUCUCUUCGAUGUAGUCAGUAAAAUAUACAUCGCCACGGACAGCAGCCCAGUGGACAUGCAGACGUAUGAGCUGUGCUGCGAUAUGAUUGAUGUGGUCAUUGACAUCUCCUGCAUUUAUGGCCUGACCAGCGAGGAAGCAGGAAUACCUUACGACAAGGAGUCCAUGGCCAUUAUCCACCUGAACAACACCACGGUGAUGUACCUCAAAGAGGUCACCAAGUUCCUGGCCCUGGUCUGCUUCCUCAGAGAAGAAAGCUUUGAGAGGAAAGGACUGAUCGACUACAACUUCCACUGCUUCCGGAAGGCCAUUCAGGAGGUAUUCGAUGUGCGCCUGAAAGUGCAGAAAUCUCGAAAGUUGUUGAGUCAGCGGAGGUGGAGCAAGCAGGCCGCAGCCAAUGGGACGCCCAGCCUGCCGUGCUAAGCCGGCCAAUCACAGACGAGCGCUGCCUCCCACCGGAAGCCUGCUAAGGACAGAGACCACGAAUGAGGAGGCAUCAAACUUGCUUCUGCACCUCACAGUCAGCUUGGAUCCAAACCCAAAAAAAAUGCCAUUUUCUGGAAAUUUUAACAACAUAAAGUUACUAUUGAUAUAAUACAUUUUUUGGAAUGUUGAACAUUAGCAAGGUAAGCUAAAGCAUUCUUGCUUUAAAAAUAGCUAUAUUUGAUAUUCUUUUAUAGUGUUUUGGGUGGCAGUAAUUCAUUUGAGGCACAGGUUUUGCGUACAGUGAGGUUAACACCUGGAAGGGCCCUCUUUAACAAAUUUAUAGUGCUCCAGGGGGCAUAGUGGUUUGAGUCCCAGCUCCUGCUGUAGUACCCUUGAUCAGUAUACUUACCCUGAACUGAUACAUGAAGUAUUACCCAGCUGCAUAAAUGGGCAAAGUAUUAUAGGGAGCUUGGUAUACAAAACCUAACAGCAAAUUGCUUUGGAGAAAAAUGUCAGCUAAUUGAAUAAUAAUAAUAAUAAUAUGCCACACUGAUAUGAAAGCUGACCUCUGCAGCACUAUAAUAAGCACAUGUAGUCAUGUGACCUCAAAGGAUACUAGUGGUUGAGUGGUGGUCACCAGAGGUCAGCACUAUUUUUGGCUCUAAUUUCACGAAUUUUAAAAAACCAUGUUAUAGAUUUCAUAGACAGGAACAUUUUCUGCAGCUCACAUUUGUAUUGCAGUUUCUUUUUUUUUUUCUUAAAUAUUCAGCAUCAGGGGCAGUUGCUCAGUAUAAUUCACUUUGUCAGCACAUUUUAUUUUUUUUUUAUUUUGAAGCUAAUUUGCAUUGCUCAGUUAUUAUUUACAACUAAAGGUAUAUUUAAUGUAGU